CCAAGUCAUUGAGAACUUUGAAUGCGAGACCAGCAUCCACACUGCUGUUGAAGUGACCGCGGGAAUGAGAUUAUUCUACCACAUAGUGGAAUCUGAUAGUGUUGGUACUCAAAUAUUGAAAGAGAUCAACAAACAGAACUUACCUGGCGAGGUUACGUUCAUGCCUAGAAACAGACUUCAUGUUAAAGAGCAAAGAUAUCCGAAUUCUGAAGUAAGUGAUAGUGGAGACGAUGAUGUAAGUUACUCUGAUUAG